UCUCUGUCUGUAUCUUUUCACUUUCAAAGAAAGUAUAAAAAGUAGAGAGAGUCAUUGAUCGAAGCAGGGAUGCCAGAAUCUACAAGGUCUUUACUUCUUGAAGAUGGAAAUCCUAAUGUGAAUGAUAAUGGCAACUGCAACGAAGAAAGAGGUCAUGACUCCUCCAUCACUCCCAUUCUUGUGCUUAGCACCUUCAUUGCCGUCUGCGGCUCUUUCUGUUACGGGUUUGCUGUGGGCUUUUCAUCAACAGCUGAAUCUGGAAUCAGGAAAGAUUUGGGCCUUUCGGUGUCAGAAUACUCAGUUUUUGGUUCAAUAAUGACAAUCGGAGGAAUGAUCGGCGCGAUUUCAAGUGGGAAGAUUGCAGAUUUUAUUGGCCGAAAACGAACAAUGUGGCUAUCUGAAAUAUUUUGCAUCCCAGGAUGGCUCAUAAUAGUGUUCGCUAAGGAUGCUUGGUGGUUGGAUAUUGGAAGACUAUCGAUUGGAGUUGGAGUUGGGCUUAUUACAUAUGUGGUCCCAGUAUAUAUCGCAGAAAUAACACCCAAGAAUCACAGGGGAGGAUUUACAUCAGCUCAGCAGUUGACGUUAAGUCUCGGCUUCGCCCUUGUGUAUUUCAUUGGAAAUAUUAUUUCUUGGCGUGCUUUAUCUCUGAUUGUUCUUAUUCCAUGCAUGCUGCAACUUGUGGGUUUAUUCUUCAUUCCAGAGUCACCUAGAUGGUUGGCAAAACUUGAUCGCAAGAAAGAGUUUGAGACUACUUUGCAAUGGCUUAGGGGAAUGAAUGUUGAUAUUUCUCAAGAAGCAAAUGAUAUCAGAGAUACUAUAGAUAUCUCUCAGCACAACUCAAAAGCUAAAUUUCUGAGCUUAUUUCAGAGGAAAUAUGCUUAUCCAAUAAUUGUUGGAGUAGGACUAAUGGUAUUGCAGCAAUUUGGAGGAACUAGUGCUGUGGCAUAUUAUUCUAGCUCUAUAUAUGUUAAAGCUGAUUUUUCAACUGUCAUUGGUACUACAACGGCAGGCAUUAUGCAGAUCCCAGCGUCCAUUGCUGGUGUGCUCUUGUUGGAUAUAUCUGGAAGAAGAAGACUUCUUUUGGUUUCUGCCAUUGGAACGUGUUUGAGUUUAGUCCUCGUUGGGUUGUCAUUCCUCUUGCAGGAACUGCACUAUUUGAAAGAGCUUACUCCGAUUUUGGCAUUUAUUGGCUUAUUGGGUUACGGUGUUACUUUUGCAAUAGGCAUGUCAGGAAUACCUUGGGUUAUAAUGUCAGAGAUAUUUCCUCUAGAUGUGAAGGCCUCAGCUGGAAGUUUAGUGACUUUAGUCAAUUGGUCCGGCUCUUGGAUUGUGACAUACUCGUUCAAUUUUAUGAUGGAGUGGAGCUCGACAGGAACUUUUUUCUUGUUCGCCACUAUAUGUGGUGUAACAGCCUUGUUCGUUUGGAAGUUGGUGCCUGAGACUAAAGGACGGACAUUGGAAGAAAUACAGGCAACCAUCACUCAUUUUCCAUCCGAUGUCUGCUAAGAAGAGAGAGA